AUGUCGCGUCAUCCAUUAAUCAAUAACGAAGAGAUUAAUGAUGAUCUAGAUGGUGUAUGUGCUGCGAUGACAAGAUCAAAAACAAAGCAACAAAAUAUAACAGCACAAGAUUCUUCUACAUCAUCGACUACAUCAUCAUCUAUCACAUCUCCGAAAUUUUUUCAUUCUAAACACUUAUCAUCUCUUGAUCCUGAUCGAUUAAAAUCUGAACAAAAUAAUGAUGCCGAGAUUCAAGAGGUAAUUCAUGAAUUCACGGAUAAACCUGAUGAUCGUUAUUCGAUAGUAAAUGGAAUUCUUAACAUACAAUUCAAGAAUGGAAAAUAUGUACCAGUGAUUCCAAUUACAUUAAGAAAUGAAAUUCUUCAUUCAUUUCAUGACCAUCCGACAGCCGGUCAUUUUGCUCGAGAUAAGACGUGGUACCGGCUUCUACAUCGAUGUUUCUGGCCGACUAUGCGUCAAGAUGUGAUUCAUUAUAUUCAACCAUGCUUGGCUUGCGCACAACACAAUAUCCGACGACAUAAAGCUCCGGAACAAAUGCAACUAACUGAACCUCCUGGUGAAGUUUUUGAUUUAGUACAAAUGGAUUUUACAGGUCCACUCCCCAGAUCAACAAAUGGAAACCGCUAUGUAAUCUCCUUAACUGAUUAUCUCUCAAAAUAUGUAAUUAGCAAAGCUGUUGCUGAUGAUUCAACAAAAACAGCCGCUGAGUUUCUUGUUGAUGUAUCAUUGGAAUUUGAUCCUCCUCAUCAACUGCAAACUGACCGUGGGACCCACUUCACAGCUGCAAUCUUCGAAGCAGUUGCGAUAAGAUUGAGAUGUGUACAUACGUUAUCAACACCUUAUCAUCGUCAGUCGCAGGGAGUCAUCGAGAGAUUUAAUGCAACAUUCAAACAACAAUUGGCUAAAUAUACAAACGAACAUUAUGAUGAUUGGGAUGAUUACCUUAGAACAACGGUGUCAUCUUACGAUAGUUCGGUUCAUCAAGUAACUUGA